GCAGGAGCAUCCCACGAUUUGUCAGUGGGCAGCUAUGCACUGACAAGAGCCUUGUUUGCUCUUGUGCUUCAACACAGUCUGAAAACUUGCACAGCAGUGCUACAAUGGAUGAGGAACUUAUUGCUGCAAUUUGCACUCUUUAUGGCAUUGGUUAUUCCAGCUAUUACCUGACUAACCUGGGACGUCACCUGAGACGUGUAUUCAGAGAUGCUGCUCGUGAGAGCACAGAACCAACAGCAGACUCUCCUCUGGUUCCCACUGCUCCUGGAGAAGAGGCCAAAGAUGAGGCCAAAGAGGAGCACAAGCCUCCAGCCGUGGUCACAGCACAGCCUGAAUAUUCCGAGCUGGCCCUUCUGGAGAGAGAGCAUGAGCAGAUUGCUUUAGCAGAGGUGCCAUUCCAGACUCAGGGACUGCUGUUCCCAGCCCGAGAGCAGGAAGAGCAGCUGAGGCAGCGAGAGGAGGAGCAGCAGGAGAAUGGCCAGAACGUCAAGGCAGAGCCACAAGCAGAGCUGCCCAAAGCUCAGAUUCCCAUCAUGGCAGUGAAGAUGAGGAACAAGGAAGACAUGAGAAGAAUUCAAGAUCACUGGAAUCUCCAUCGACAGAGGCGUGAUCUACAAAAGCAGGUAAGUGUAAGAGUGGCUGCCACUCCACUCAAGAAACUUUCUCUCUCUUCUUUACAGAACUUCAAUGAGAAGCUGCCCGCAGAGCCGCAGGAAACUCAGGCUGUGCUCAAGGCAACGGAGAUGAGGCUGAAGAAAGAAAUGAAAAUUGUCAAAGAGAAAAUUAAUCUCCUUCAGGAGCAAGAGGCUCGAGAAAAGCCAGUGGCCAUAAAGAAAAUAAAUCUUCAAGGACUGACUAGUAAGGAAGUAAUCAUCAAUGAAGUCAUGGUCAUUGUCCUGGUCAUGAAGAACAAUAGGAAUCCCAACCUGGUCAACUAUUUAGACAGCUUCCUUGUGGAUAACCAGUUCUGGCUGGUUAUGGAGUACAUGGAUGGAGGCACUCUGAGCGAUCUCAUCAGCAAGACUCACAUGACUGAAGGAGAGAUUGCAGCUGUCAGUCGGGAGUGCCUGCAAGGACUGGAUUUUCUUCACUCGAAUCUCGUGAUCCACCGAGAUGUGAAGAGCUGCAACAUUCUUCUCAGAACUGAUGGCUCUGUCAAACUGGCUGAUUUUGGCCUUUCUGCUCAGCUCAUCCCUGAGCAGAAUCAAAGGUGCUCCAUGACCGGGACUGCUGGGUGGAUGGCACCUGAAGUUGUGACAGGUCAACCAUAUGGCCCCAAAGUGGACAUAUGGUCUCUUGGAAUUGUGGGCAUUGAAAUGGUGGAACGAGAAGUUCCUUACUGGAACCAAACUCCUGCCCGGGCUCAACUCCUGACAGCCAUAGGAGAGACCCCACAGCUGCGGCAGCCCAAGCUCUUCUCGCCUUUGCUGCGGGACUUCCUGAACUGCUGCCUGCAGACAGACGAGGCGCGGCGCUGGUCUGCCAAGGAGCUCCUGCAGCAUAAAUUUGUAACAUCAGCCAAGCCUGCAUCCAGCCUGGUGCCACUAAUCCUGUCACUGAAGAAGUGGAGGGAGAACGAGAGUGGCAAUCCAUUCAGGACCAUUUUGUCCAAUACCAGUCUAGAGUAGGAUUGUAGAGAAAGAUUGCAGAGUAGGAUUGUAGAGUAGGAUUCCAUAGUAGGACUA